GUCAUCUCUUCCUCAUCACCUCCAUCUUUCGGUGCCGCAUGCCUCUGUGCUUAAUGGAGCAGGCUCGUUCCCGUAGAUGCUGGCUUUUGUGAGAGGGGUGCGGUUUUUGCGGCCCGUGCGGUUGUUGGUUUGCGGACGGAGCGCAACUGCCGGCGCGAGCGGAGCAGCGAUACGUUGAGAACAUGAAUCAGGAGAAACUGGCAAAACUUCAAGCCCAGGUGCGGAUAGGAGGAAAGGGCACUGCACGCAGGAAGAAGAAGGUGGUUCACAGAACUGCAACAGCUGAUGACAAAAAGCUUCAGAGUUCACUGAAGAAGUUUGCUGUCAACAAUAUUGCUGGCAUUGAGGAGGUGAACAUGAUCAAGGAUGACGGGACUGUGAUUCACUUUAACAACCCCAAAGUUCAGGCCUCUCUAUCCGCCAACACCUUUGCGAUCACCGGCCACGCUGAGACCAAACAGAUGACAGAGAUGCUGCCCGCCAUCCUCAGUCAGCUUGGAGCAGACAGCCUCAGCAGCCUGCGCAAGCUCGCAGAACAGUUCCCUCGGCAAGCUCUUGAAAGCAAGGCUCCAAAGCCAGAGGACAUUGAGGAAGAGGAUGAUGAUGUGCCAGAUCUCGUGGAGAACUUUGAUGAAGCAUCAAAGAACGAGGCAAACUGACA